CAGUUUAUUUUUGACUAAAACACCUGCCAGUCUUAGGGUGUGUUUGCCCCACCUAUAGGUGGCAGCAGUGCGCAUGACGUGUGUUUAGAGUGGCUAACAAUUGAGGCGUAGAAGAAGAAGAGAAACUUCUUAACCGGAAGUCCGAGUUGUAGCAGUUGAGCUGCUCGCAGUCUUCACGUGGAGAUGCAGAGUGCUGCAGGCGGCGCGGGUCCGACUCAUCCUCUGUUUGGAGGAGCGCUGUCAGCUGUCCUCCCUCACAGCAUCACGGACGUCAGUGAGCUGAGGGAGAUCCCGGACAACCAGGAGGUGUUUGCCCACGCACACACCGACCAGAGCCUGAUCGUGGAGCUGGUGGAGUACCAGGCUCAGGUGGCAGACCAAGAUGCUGCCAGGUAUCACUUUGAAGACAUAGCAGGCAGCAACAAAGCUUUAGAACCAGGCGCUUUUGAGGUGACCAGUGUGGUGUCCAUGUCCAAAUCCGAGCUGUCCCUGUCAGACUGCAGCUCUGCGUGGAUGCUGACUGGGACACAGUGUGUGUCCAAAUUCAACGAAGAAGCGAGGAACACAGUGACCCUCCACCUGGGCCUCUUCCGUCUGCCUCAGUUCUCCACAGAUGUCCUGAUAACCUUCAAUGACCCGCAGAGUAUCAGCCCUGACAGCAGCAGUGCUGCUUCAGUGGGGACACACAGGGAGCCAUGGUCAGUGCAGGACUUCCAACGCUUGUUGCAGACUCUGACUCUGCACGACUCAGGACUGUUUGGGUAGACGACGACCGCAGGACUUCACCUGAUUACAGAUUUAAUCUCAGACACUUUUAAACACAUUCAGACUGUGAUUUGCUGGCGGCUUAUGAGAAUCUGACCUGCAGCAUGCUUUGGCUCCCAUCCAAAGAAGAAAUCCUUUUGAGUGUAGUUUCUGUCCCUUACGUUACACAUACGGAUACAAGUUAUGUUCUUUCUUUGAUGUUGACUUUGUUCUGACAACUAAAAUUGAACUGAGAACCAAACAUCUCAUGUCAUAAUACAUGAUUUUUUUUUUAUUUUUUUUUUUUACAUUACCUGAUCAAGAUUUAUCUGUAGGUUUAAAACAGGGUAAUUCAGUGUGUGCUCUCAGAGAUCAGACUACUAUCAUCAAAUCGAUGUUACUUUUAAGGCUUUUCUGUUUUAUGUGAAGGUAUGCAUGUGAGAGAACUAUGAGAAUCCAGAUGAAUAACAAAUGUAGUGGACACUCAAAUUUUCCAUUUCUCUGUUUCCCACCACAUUCUCCCCUUUUCUCACCCUUUUCCUACUCAGUCUCAAGCCAUUCCUGGCCUCUCUUCCUUCAUUUUACUUAAUUUCUGCCACCAUCCUUCAGCAUGUUUUAAUGCUCAAACAUGUAGAUACAAACACAACUAAUGCAGAGUAGAACCUAGCUGGUAUUUAAUGCACAAUCACCCCCUUACAGGACCACCCAGCAGCAUGUUUUUGCUAAAUUGCUAGUUCAAUCAAAAAAAACCUUGUGUCGAUCCUUUAUCAUUGUAACUGAUAUUAUUAAUGUCACACUCUCUCAUGCCACCGCACACUGCUCUAAAUCUCCCCGCGAUGUUAAUGAAAACACGUGAUUAAUGGCAAAGGUCGAAGCAGAAGUCAGAAGGCUAGAGGUGAAUUGAGAGUCCACACAGAAACUCCCUCUGGGGCAGUUAAAAUGCAGCUAAUAUUCUUCGUCUUCAGUGGAACUAGAGUUUGGUCAUAAACGGUGAAAACUGAGAGGACCAGUCCCAGCAGGAAUAUGUAUUAGGUCAACUGUUUCCAUCGCUCACUGCAGUGGCCUCAUGGUGAAAUAAUUCAUGACUCUUAACCCUGAAAAACCCUGGAAAGACUUCAUUCGACGGUGAGUUAGGUGAAACACAGAAUUUAUGGAAUGGAAACUGACCCUCAUUAUUUGUUGCUCUGAAGCUUAAAACCAGCCCUCUUGGAUUUGGAAGUGUAAAAGAAGUUAUGUUCCCUUAGUUCCUUAGUGCUGUUUGUUUUGAAGAAAAAUAGUUUUGACUUAAGUCUGCUAUUAAAAAGAAAAAAACUCAUCACUGCGAGAGCAUUCAGGUAAGCCUUGCAUAACAAAUAAGAGGAAGUUCAGCCCGUCUCCACAAAGCCACAUCAAACCCUCCUCAUCCUCUGGUGCAAUCAUGAUGGAUUAAGAUCUCAUAAAGUCAGGCAUCUUCCCCUCAGUGAUCCCACUCUAUAGCAAAUCCCUUCCUCCUUAACCACAACAGCAAAAAAAAACCCUCCCUCCUACUAGCCAGGAUAAACGUGCUGUUAUUGGUUCUCUUUGUAAUUAAAAAGUCUGAAAACAUCCUGUAUUUCAGACCUGAUGAGGGGUUUGGAACAUCUUAGACAUCUGAGUUAAAGGUCAUGCCAGGAGACAGUUUGUGAGGCGCUAGGGAUUUUUCCAGCCGACGACAGAACAGCUACUGGGUUACUACAGUGCAGUGGCUUCAAAUGUUUUGGGCUUCUGAUACUUUGUCAUAUGCUUGCACACAUGUGAGCAGUUUAACAAGAGAACGAUUGUUCCAAACGUCAGAGGAGGCAAGAGUAAGCAUGUGUAUUCUUUGGCUAAUAAAUAAAGAAACUAUUAUUUUCUCA